CUUGUCGAUUAACGUCGUUGAUUUUGGCAAGAGCGUUUUGGUUAGAAGCUAAAUGGUUAUAUUUUUUGAAGUUGUGAAAAAUACAUACAAAUAUAAAGUGUAAUGCCUGAAAAUUAUUGCAAAAUGCACUUAAGAUUGUGAGCAAAGACAAGUUGUUAAAUUCGUGUAAAAGUUAACAGGUUAAAGACGAAAUCCUUUCACCUACGAAUCUGGACGAAAUUUGGAAAUAAUAAAUGACAAGAUAUUUUUGAGUGUGACUAAAAAUGAAUCCCUCCGAGCUGCGUAUGAUGUGGAUGAGUCACUAUAAUCCUGAACGCAUCACAGUGGAGGACGCACCCUCAUUCUUUGGGCAUCCAUCAGUGGGACUUUCUGUAAUGGACGAUUUAUCCUCACAUCAACCAACAAUGGAUUUGAAUCCAAUGAUGAGUAUUGUUGGGGGGGAUUUCAGUGGUCAGGCGGCAGCAGCAGCAGCGGCUGCAUUAGGCGUACAACCGACAGCUCUAAUUGCGGCCAAUUCUAACGAUAUUUACGGUCUAGCACAAGUAGGUGGUUUGCAUCAACAGUUACUUCAACAAUCGGCCGCAGCUGUUUUUCAAAACUACACAGAAGUUAUAGACGAUGAUGAUGGCACUGGAAGUGGCGCAAUAGGUGCUGACAACAGCGGUUGUGGUAAUGUCAGCGUAGACAAAUCAUUAGCAACACAAUUUGUGCAUAACGAUGAGCCACAACCAAUCUAUGAUCAAUUGGAUGAUGGUAGUUACGAUGGUGGUUUAGCGCCAAAACAGGAAAUUAUAAAUAUUGAUGAUUUCGUUAUGAUGACCGAUUCUAAUUCAUAUGAUGGUACAGAAUUUAUGGCUGACGAAAGAGAAGUGGCAGAAGGAAGUAGUGGUGGCGUUGAUAUCUCCCAUGCACAUGGCAUGGAUGAGAAUGGUGUCCUUGUGCCUUUGGAUAGUGGACACAAAUUAAUAGGCGAUAGUGGCGAUGAGGUGAUGGUGCCCGCCACCACAACCGUAAUGCAAGCAACAGCGGCAACCUCAUCAAGAGGAUUUGGUGGAGGUGGAGGAACGGGCCACCAUCGCUCAUCGCAACGUAAGACUCGAAAAAUAGAACCAGUUAACAGGCCAGGACUGGUGCUGAAGACACCAAUAGCAUAUAAGGGAAACAUAGAUCCAUCGGUUAUACCAAUUCAGAAAGACGGCAUGGCCGUCUGUGAGCGUUGUGGUGCAAUCGGUGUAAAGCACACUUUCUACACCAAAUCUCGACGUUUUUGCAGCAUGUCCUGCGCUCGUGGCGAACUUUAUUCUUUGGUAGUAAACAACACUAAAAUGGCAGGUGGUGCGCAACAACAGCAACAGACGAUUUCCAACUCCCCCGUGCAAGAUCAUAUCGAUGGUGUAGCUGGAAGUAACAAUGGUAAUAGCAACGAUAUACAACAACACGAUACACAACCUCAACAAUCUGAUAUUGAGUUGGCGUUACGUGUUGCUCAUAUUAAGAAUUCGAAUUAUCGUUUUCGCAUCACAGACCAAUCGAAAAUUACACAAAUCAACGGUUUUGGCGAACCUGUCAUGUCCGCCGAAUUGACAGGAAUGGAUGGCGCAAGUGCACUAACAGGUCUAGGUAGUGAGAAUGGAGCCUUGUGUGGUGUAAAUGCAGGUGGCUUAGUUGCUACGCCAAAGGCACUUCAAAUGUACCGUGAUGUUUUACCACAAGAAGACCUGCCACAAAUUCCAAAAUUUGAACGUUUACCAGUUUCCUGCCCACAAAUGGAAAAAAUCAUUAGUAUACGUCGUCGUAUGUAUGAUCCGUCGCAUUCUUUCGAUUGGACGCCGCGUUUGUCGCAUCCGAAUUUUUUCGCUGCACCCGUUACUUGCUUUCCACAUGCACCCGGCUACGAAGUUUGGGACAGCAUUGGCAUUGACAUGAAAGUUGAGGUGGAGAAUACAGAUUGUGAUAACACGGAAAUAGUGCAGCCCGGACAGACGCCACACUCGUUUUGGGUCGCGACGAUCUUAAAUAUUUGCGGAUACAAAGCUCUUAUGCGUUACGAAGGCUUUGAUGAGCCAACACAUGACUUCUGGGUAAAUCUAUGCAAUGCGGAAGUACACUCGGUUGGUUGGUGUGCGACACGCGGCAAACCUCUAAUACCGCCACGUACUAUCGAGAAUAAAUACAAAGAUUGGAAAGAUUUCCUCGUGGAACGAUUGUCUGGCGCACGUACACUGCCUUCCAGCUUUUACAACAAAAUCAAUGACAGCAUGCAGUCGCGCUUCCGACUGGGCUUGAAUUUAGAGUGUGUGGAUAAGGAUCGAAUCUCACAGGUUCGCUUGGCAACGGUGACAAAAAUUGUAGGCAAGCGUUUGUUUUUGCGGUACUUUGACUCUGAUGACGGUUUUUGGUGUCAUGAGGACUCGCCCAUCAUACAUCCGGUCGGUUGGGCGACUACCGUGGGUCACAAUUUAGCGGCACCGCAUGAUUAUUUAGAACGAAUGUUGGCUGGCCGAGAGGCAAUGAUUGAAGUACAUGAAGAUGAUGCAACGAUUGAGCUUUUCAAAAUGAAUUUCACUUUCGAAGAAUAUUACAUGGAUGGCAAAGGGAAUGGUUUUGUGGAAGGCAUGAAAUUGGAGGCGGUCGAUCCUCUCAAUCUAUCAUCGAUUUGUGCUGCAACCGUAAUGGCGGUCCUUAAAUUUGGCUACAUAAUGAUACGCAUCGAUUCUUAUCAACCAGAUGCCACAGGGUCAGAUUGGUUUUGCUAUCACGAAAAAUCGCCCAGCAUAUUCCCAGUAGGCUUCUGCGCUUCAAACAGCAUCACUUUAACACCUCCCAAUGGCUAUGACGUCAAUACGUUUAGUUGGGAAAAAUAUUUGCAAGAAACGGGUAGCGUUGCUGCUGGCCAGCAUUUAUUCCACCGGAUUGUGCCAAAUCAUGGAUUUCGGGUCGGCAUGAGCCUCGAAUGUGCUGACCUUAUGGACCCGCGUUUGGUAUGUGUUGCGACUGUAUCACGCAUAGUCGGGCGUUUGCUUAAAAUACACUUCGACGGUUGGACCGAUGAGUAUGACCAAUGGUUGGAUUGCGAAUCACCAGAUGUUUAUCCAGUAGGUUGGUGCGUACUGGUAAAUCACAAGCUCGAAGGGCCGCCGGUGCCUGUGCAGGCUACAGCCAAAACGAACACCAAAGCGAAAAGUCCGAAAAAACGCAAGAAAAAAUCCACUGCUAAAGGCGUGGAAAAUUCAAAUACAGCCAAACCACGUACGAUUGCUUUAAAAACAAAUCCGCAUCUUCCGAAGUUGAGUAUUAAACUCGAACUUAAGCCAGAGCAUCACAAUGCCGCUUUCUACGAGGAUAAUAACGAGGAUGAUGACGAUGAUGGCGACUAUGAAGAGGACAGCACCAGUCAUCGCUCCGGUCAAUCCACCCCACUAUCACAUAACGAUGGCAGCCAGCUGGCUUUGACGGAAAAGAUCACCACAGCGCAGCAAACAUCCACGACUCAAGCGUCCGCGCCAACGCGUGUCGGCAACCCAGCAGUAAAGAAGUCGGUGUCACCAGCACCGCCGGUUGUGGGGCGCAAAGCUACCAGCUACAUUGGGAACUCAUCCGUCUGCAAUAGCAAGUACAUUCCGCGUCUUAUCGAGUCCUCUUCGAACGAAAACAACAGCGGCAGCAGCGGCGGCAACAACAACAGUCAAAAUGCGGACCCACAAGCAGACCUCAUACCCGAUACGUGGAAUGUAUAUGACGUUUCGCAAUUCUUACGCGUCAAUGAUUGUACGGCGCACUGUGACACAUUUUUGCGUAAUAAAAUUGAUGGCAAACGUUUGCUGCAACUAUCUAAGGAUGAAAUAAUUACUUUGCUUGGCAUGAAAGUGGGCCCAGCGCUUAAAAUAUCCGAUUUGAUACAGCAGCUUAAAUGCAGAGUUAACCCUGGUAAAUCCAGAUUGCAUAAGGCAAACAAAACGUUUUUAUAGUGCCUUUUGAAGCAAUCGCAUCAAAGAGUAACAUCAAAACCACCUAAGCCAACAACUUUUCGUCUUAAGCUCUCACACCUAGCAAUUCGUCACAAUAUUGUAUCGUAUCUAAUAUGAUUACUGUAGCUCUUAAGUAUACCAAAUAUGUAUAUCACGAGAUAACACAGGCAUUGUACGAAGUAUGAGAGUGUCUCAUGUGCAUGCUGCACUUCAUAAAAGCAUGAUGUGCGUUGGGUUACAAUGAUCAUAGAUGAGUUUGCUGUCAAUUGGAACAUUUUAGAGUGAAUGAGGAAAAUUUUUGUUAAGUUAAAUCAAGCUGAAUUAGACACAAGGAUUCAGCAUCAGCAAAGUAGAAGUUAAAAGAUACGGAAACCAGUAGGAAACUUAACAAUGAAAAUUUGAAAAUAUUAUUAGUUUUCUGUAAUGACGUAGAAUAGAUACUUAUUUGAUAUAAUUUUCACUUCAUACAUAUUUUUAAUAUCUAGUACACAAUAACUUUAUUUUAGUUAAAAAACGCAAAGAAAAGAAAACUACCUUAUGUAUAAAUAAUUUUGUGUAUUUGUAUUUUUUUCUGUCAAUAAGAAAACGUGGUGCACGAAAAAUGUAACACAUUCGUAGACUGAGAACAAUUAUUAAAUGAAAACAGUAAACAUAAUUUAUUACUACAACAAUUGCAUAAUUACAAUCAAUUACCACUGCAACAAUACAAUGUUUUCUACCGUUAGGCAUAAAAAGCUUAUUAGAUAUACUCACAACACAGACCCACACACACAUACACAUACAACAAUAACCACGCAAUAUAAAUGCCUUUUAAAAAAAUCAACAUUAUAAAUGAUAAAAACAUAACCUCAAAUGCAAAAAAAAAUUAACUUUGCAACAUCACUUUUAACUCCCAACAGUAAGAGUCGCGUUGCUUAUUUGCUCAUCGUAUAUAAUAUUUUAUAGAUUUUUUUAAAAUCAAGUUGUUUGAAACUAAUGUAUUUGCAUACUGAAAAGUUUUGUGUAAAUAUUUUAUAUGAAACAAUUAUUUAUUGGUUGAAAAAUUAUUAAUUUUAAUUCAUUGCGUUUUGCUAAAUUAAUCAUAUCCCAUAAAUGUGUAGUGGUAAAUACAAUUAAUGGUGGUGGUUUACAAAUCUCUUGUUUAAGGCCGAUUUUCAAAAAUUUAAAUUUCAAGUUCAUUUCAAAUUUACUGUCGCACAAUCCAUGCACAUUUUAUGCUUUCAUCAUCUUGGAACUCAAUGCGCUGAAGUAAAGCAGCUAAAAAAUAUAUUUUUCUCAAUUUCGGCAAAAGUUUUGCGUUCGGUUUCUUUGCUGGUCCGAAUUGCUUUAAAUACUUCGACAGAUUUUGUGUAAUGUAUUGCUCAGUACAAAUAGAUUUGGUCGAUAAGUAAACAAAUCUUAUAAAACCCACCAAGUUGACUUAGUUGCGUUAAUUUUUGUCUUGUUUUUGUAAAUAUCGCUCGACACCUUUUACAUUGAAAUAGAAAUCCUUUAAUUGACUGCAUAAUUAUUAUGUUUUUUUGUUGGAUGAGUAAACACUAAUAUAGCUUUGUGUAAUCCGCAUAUUAUCGGCCCAUACUCCACUUGCCCUUGACUACAUAUCCUAAAUUAGUGUAAUUAGAAGUAUCCUGCGAAGACGCUACUAUAAAAUCGGCGCUCGCGAUAAGUAUCGUCAAAAUGGUUUAAGAAAAUUUUCUUACAUACAUAUGUACAUAUGUAUUAAGAUAUGCAACUACAUACAUACAUACAGAUAUGCGACGAAUUGAUUAGAAAUAUAACGAUCAGGGAAUAAUUUCAGUUUUUGUGAAACUCAAGUGCUAUUGUAAACUAACUACCAAUCAGUGUAUACAUACGUACAUACACAGAAGCAUAGAUGCAAUUGGCAAGUCUGCUGCAGUUCCACGCAAGGUUAACAUUUAUGUAUGUGUGUGAGAGUUAAAUCUUUUGACAACUUACUCCCUUAGGAUAGUGAAUAAAUAAAAUAAUUAAAGUAAACAAAACAAAAAAUAACACAAAUUAUAGAAUAUAACCACACCGCCUCAUCAGAGUAGAAUGCUAGAGCGAUAGAGCAAAUCAUGAAACAAAAACAGAUUUAGAAUACCAACAGCACACCAGCUUAAGUAUACACACAUAUAUAUGUAUGUAUAGAAUUAACAACAAACUAAUUGUAAAGAUUAAAAUAUUAAUAUACACGAGUUUAUGAUUUACACGAUUUUAACACUCUUAAUUUGUAUAAAUAAGAAAGACGCGCAGCACACCCCCCACACUCCCUCCCAACACACACACAUGUAAGCAGUUGCAUGCCACAGUCUGCGAGCGAAGUGGGGUGUUCUCAUUAGCCACUUAUUUUAUUUACUUGUAAAUAAUCUACAAAAAAAAAGAAGAAAACAAAAAACAAACAAACAUUACGAUUACUUUAUAUUAUACUUUAAAAAUAAAAUAG